UUCAGUACGAUCUUAACAUCGAUGGCCUUCCUCUUCAUACGCGAUCUAAAACACAGUUCUGGCCAAUUUUGUUGAAGAUUGUUGACCAGCCGGAUUGGCCAGUGAUGAUCGUGGCUAUCUAUUGCGGACCAACAAAACCGGAAAGUAAUGAGCUUUAUCUGCGGCAGCUAGUCGAUGAGAUAAAUUUAUUAUCGAGCACUGGACUGAUGGUGGGAGAAAAUGCCAUCACGUUAAAAUUACGAGCCAUCAUCGCAGAUACACCAGCACGAGCUUUCAUUAAAGGUGUCCAAGGUCAUACUGGAAGACACUCCUGUUUAAAAUGUUGCUGUGAAGGAGAAUCGGUGUCACAACGAAUGGUCUUUUUGGAUACGUCUGCGGCAAAGCGCACUCACAAAGGAUUUUUAGAUGGAGAUUAUAUUCUGCAUUGUACGGGGUCUACGCCGUUGAUUGAUUUGGACGAAUUUGACAUCAUUCUGGAUAUGAUUGUUGUUGAUCGUCUCCAUCAAAUAGACAUUGGUCUUACAAAAAAACUACUUCACAUUUGGUACAUGGGAGUGUUAAAAGAAUGGAAAAGAUGGAAUCGCCAGCAACGUGAAGAAUUUAAACAAAGACUCCUAAAACAAAAACUCCCCUUUGAAACGAACCAAAAAAUGCGCCCGAUUGACGACCUAGCAUAUUGGAAAGGAUCAGAUUGCAAAACGUUUCUCCAUUACGUGGCUCCCGUAGUAUUGGAAGGAUUGUUGAGUGAGCAGGAAUAUAAGCAUUUUAUGCUUUAUUUCUGUGCUAUAACGAUAUUUUCAUCGACCGAACAUAAAGAACACUGGAAAGCUGCUGGUACUAUGCUAAAAACUUUUGUAGAAACAUUUGCCGAUGUAUAUCAUAAAAAAGCUGUUACGUCCAAUGUACAUAGUCUAAUCCACCUCGAAGAAGAAGUAGAGCGGUUUGGUCCUCUGGACUAUCACUCAACAUAUGCAUAUGAACGCAAGCUAGGAAAUAUAAAAAACAGGCUCAUUAGAACUAACUAUAGAUGUUUAGAACAGGCAAUUCGUAGAAUAUCGGAAUUUGAAAAUUUUACAGGAGCUCAACAAAACGAUCAACCAUUUCGUCAGCCGUUUUAUACGCAAAGAGGGCAAACUAUUACUAUGAAUGUGAGGAAAAAUUUAAAGCUGCGAAAUGAUGAUGUCAACGAUUUAUUUAUGACCAACAAAAACGUAAUUUUAAAAUUUGUUUCAGUAAGACAAGAGCAGGAUAAGUUGAUGAUAGUUGGAAAAAUGUUUUCCCGUAUUUUCGAAUAUUUUGACGAGCACAUUUCUUCCACAAAGCUACAUAUAUACUCUGUUUAUAAAGAUGAUUUGAAAAAUGACGAGGUUUUAUUAGAAUGCUCCGAUGUCAAACUUAAAUUUGCUAGAACUAUCAAAGAAGCUGAUGGAAAUAUGGUAUUAUUUCCAUUAUUAAAUACACUCAAUGACUAAUACAAAAUAACUUGAUGAGUGAAUAAUAAAAACUAUUAUAACUUGUUAACAAAA